AACAAUGUUCUCCUUCUCCUCCCCCAUCAAGAGCUUCUCCUGGCUCGAACAGGCAAACCAAGACUGGGACAUCAUCAUCGUCGGCAGCAGCCCAUCAGGAUGCGUGCUCGCCAACAGGCUGAGCGAAGACGGGCGCACCAAGGUUCUCCUGCUCGAAGCUGGCGAGUCGAACGCAAAUAAGCUGUGGUCCAAAAUCCCGGCAACUUGGUCUCGGACACUCUGGUCUUCCUACGACUGGCAGCACGCCACUACCCCACAGCGGCAUCUGGAUAACCGCCGGCUCUCCUGGCCCCGCGGCAAGCUCCUUGGGGGAAGCAGCAGUGUAAACGUACUGAUCUACCACCACUGCGCGCCCUCGGACUACGACGAGUGGGAAAAGAUGGGCUGCGAGGGGUGGGGGUACGAGAGCCUAAGAGAGCCAUUGAAGAGGAGCGAGGGGUACACUCCAAGCAAGGAACAUGAGGACGUCGAUCUUGAGGAGAGGGGGACCGAGGGACCUUGGAAGACUGGGUUCGGGAAAGUACACCCCGUGUCAAGGAAGUUCGUCCAGGCUGCGGAGGAGGUCGGGAUUCCUUACAAUCCGGACUUCAACACUCCCCGAGGGACAGUCGGCGUUUCCCAGUUCUUGACAUUCGUGGACCAGAAAGGACAUCGUUCCUCCGCCGCAACAGCCUAUCUGACUCCUGACGUGCUCGCCCGCCCAAAUCUGACGGUCGUCACUUCCACCCUCACAACUCGUGUGCUCCUCUCCCGCGACGGCAAGCGCGCAGUCGGCGUCGAGGUUGCGGAUGAGAAGAAGCGCUUGGGCCGAUUCACUGUUCUAGCGAAGAAGGAAGUCAUCCUUGCCGCCGGAACGAUUAACACCCCUCAGCUGCUGAUGCUCUCUGGUAUCGGUCCUCGCGACCAGCUAGAGGCACACAACAUCCCAGUCAAGCACGAACUGCCGCACGUCGGCCAGAACCUGCAGGAUCAUUUACAAGUCCCUGUCCUCUUCCGUGCUAAGAAAGGCCGUACGCUCGACUGGCUCGUCCGCAGCCCUCUACGCGCACUGCCGUGUAUCAUCCGCUGGCUCCUGGGGCUCAAAGGCACGAUGACCACCAACUUUGCCGAAUGUGUCGCCUUCUUCCGCACGGACGACAAGAACCUCAACUUCCAAGAAGAAGACGAGAAGAUCCCCUACGAGUGUAACGCCAACCCCGGCGCGCCAGAUAUUGAGAUCAUGGGUGUUCCUGCUGGUGUUGUCAAGUUCGGCAAAGCCCAGCUGCCGAAGGGGACGGACGCGAUCACACUUAUGCCUUAUCUCCUUCAGCCCGAAAGCAAGGGGAGCAUCACACUUCGCUCGGAGAGCCCUUUCGAUUACCCGGCUAUUGAUCCGAACUACCUUUCCACACAGACGGAUGUCACCUGCCUUGUCCGCGGUGUGAGGAUCGCCAUGCGCAUUGCGCGCUCUCAGCCGCUCGCAGAGGACUUGGCACUGCGCGACGUUGCUGACCCUAACACGAUCGUCUCGGAGGAAGAAGAGGCAUACAACCUCGGGGACGCGCACGAAGGAAAGCUGAGCGACGCCCAGAUCGCAACAUGGUGCAAGCGCAAGGCGGAGACAUUGUUCCACCCGACGGGCACAGCGCGCAUGGGCCAGUCUGGGGAGGACAGCGUUGUUGACACUAGGCUGCGGGUGCAUGGGCUGCAGGGCUUGAGGGUGUGCGACGCUUCUGUCUUCCCGAGGAUCGUUUCAGGACAUACGAUGGCGCCUGUCAUCGCAGUUGCGGAGAGGGCGGCGGAUCUCAUCCAACAGGAACUGGCUUGAGAGUUUGGGUGAUGGUUUUUAUGACUUAUGACUUGGACGACCAGAUAUGAACCACUAGACGAG